UGGACCCGCCGCCCGGCCCCGGGCCGCCAUGUUCGGCCGCUCGCGGAGCUGGGUGGGCGGGGGCCCCGGCCGGUCGUCCCGCAACAUCCACUCCCUGGACCACCUCAAGUAUCUGUACCAUGUUUUGACCAAGAACACGACCGUGACAGAGCAGAACCGGAACCUUCUGGUGGAGACCAUUCGCUCCAUCACCGAGAUCCUGAUCUGGGGCGACCAGAAUGACAGCUCCGUGUUUGACUUCUUCCUGGAGAAGAACAUGUUCGUCUUCUUCCUGAACAUCCUGCGGCAGAAGUCGGGCCGCUACGUGUGCGUGCAGCUGCUGCAGACCUUGAACAUCCUCUUCGAGAACAUCAGCCACGAGACCUCGCUCUAUUACCUGCUCUCCAAUAACUACGUGAACUCCAUCAUUGUCCAUAAGUUCGAUUUUUCCGACGAGGAGAUCAUGGCGUAUUACAUAUCUUUCCUGAAGACGCUGUCGCUGAAGCUCAACAACCACACAGUCCACUUCUUUUACAACGAGCACACCAAUGACUUCGCCCUGUACACGGAAGCCAUCAAGUUCUUCAACCACCCUGAAAGCAUGGUCCGCAUCGCCGUGAGGACCAUCACGCUGAAUGUCUACAAAGUGGACAACCAGGCGAUGCUGCACUACAUCCGCGACAAGACGGCCGUCCCCUACUUCUCCAACCUGGUCUGGUUCAUCGGCAGCCACGUGAUCGAGCUGGACGACUGCGUGCAGACGGACGAGGAGCACCGGAACAGGGGGAAGCUGAGCGACCUGGUGGCCGAGCACCUGGACCACCUGCACUACCUCAACGACAUCCUGAUCAUCAACUGCGAGUUCCUCAACGACGUGCUCACGGACCACCUGCUCAACCGGCUCUUCCUGCCCCUCUACGUGUCCUCGCUGGAGAACCAGGGCAAGGGAGGGGAGAGGCCGAAGAUCAGCCUGCCGGUGUCCCUCUACCUGCUGUCCCAGGUCUUCCUCAUCAUCCACCACGCGCCCCUGGUGAACUCACUGGCGGAGGUCAUCCUGAAUGGGGACCCGUCGGAGCUGCCCGCCGAGACCGAGCAGGACGUCCCGAGAAGCGCCCAGCCCAGCAUCCGGUGCUUCACCAAGCCCGCCGAGUCCCUGGAGCGCUCCCUGGAGAUGAGCAAACACAAGGGCCGGCGGCGGCUGCAGAAGCGGCCCAACUACAAGAACGUGGGCGAGGACGAGGACGACGACAAGGGCUCCGCCGAGGAGGGCCCCGAGGACGCCGAGAAGGCCAAGGGCCCCGAGGGCCCCAAGGGCAGCAAGGCCAGCGGGGAGAACGAAGAGAUCGAGAUGGUGAUCAUGGAGCCCAGCAAGCUGCCGGAGCCGGCCGUGCAGGAGCAGAACACCACGGACGAGGAGAAGAGCGCGGCGGCCACGGGCGUGGGCGCCGAGGGGGCGCUGUGGAGCAGACCCUUCCUGGACAUGGUGUACCACGCCCUGGACAGCUCAGACGAUGACUACCACGCGCUGUUUGUCCUGUGCCUCCUCUACGCCAUGUCUCACAACAAAGGCAUGGGCCCCGAGAAACUGGAGCGCAUCCAGCUGCCGGCGCCCGGCACGGCCGACAAGAGCAGCUACAACCACCUGCUGGCCGAGCGGCUCAUCCGGAUCAUGAACAACGCGGCCCAGCAAGACGGCAAGAUCCGCCUGGCCACGCUGGAGCUGAGCUGCCUGCAGCUGAAGCAGCAGGUGGUGACGGCCGCCGGCUGCAUCAUCAAGGACGUGCACCUGGCCUGCCUGGAGGGCGCCCGCGAAGAGAGCGUCCACCUCGUGCGGUACUUCUACAAGGGAGAAGAAAUUUUCCUGGACAUGUUUGAAGAUGAACACAGGAGCAUGACGAUGAAGCCCAUGAACGUGGAAUACCUCAUGAUGGACGCCUCCAUCCUGCUGCCCCCCACGGGCACGCCGCUGACGGGCAUCGACUUUGUGAAGCGGCUGCCGUGUGGGGACGUGGAGAAGACCCGGCGGGCCAUCCGGGUGUUCUUCAUGCUCCGGGCUCUGUCACUACAGCUGCGCAACGAGCCGGAGACCCAGUUGCCGCUGACGCGGGAGGAAGAUCUGAUCAAAACGGACGAUGUGCUGGACCUGAACAACAGCGACCUGAUCGCCUGCACGGUCAUCACCAAGGAUGGCAGCAUGGUGCAGCGUUUCCUGGCCGUGGACAUUUACCAGAUGAGCCUGGUGGAGCCCGACGUGUCCAGGCUUGGCUGGGGCGUGGUCAAGUUCGCCGGUCUCCUGCAGGACAUGCAGGUGACGGGCGUGGAGGACGACAGCCGGGCCCUGAACAUCACCAUCCAUAAGCCGGCCUCCAGCCCGCACUCCCGGCCCUUCCCCAUCCUGCAGGCCACCUUUGUCUUCUCCGACCACAUCCGCUGCAUCAUCGCCAAGCAGCGCCUGGCCAAGGGCCGCAUCCAGGCGCGCCGCAUGAAGAUGCAGAGGAUCGCGGCCCUCCUGGACCUCCCGAUCCAGCCCGCCACGGAAGUCCUGGGCUUCGGACUCGGCUCCUCGUCCUCGUCGCACCUGCCUUUCCGCUUCUAUGACCAGAGCCGCCGGGGCAGCAGCGACCCCACCGUCCAGCGCUCGGUGUUUGCGUCUGUGGACAAGGUACCAGGCUUCGCCGUGGCCCAGUGCCUGAACCAGCAAAGCAUUUCCACGUCGCCGCCAUCCGCCAGUGGGAGCCCCGGCAGCAGCGGGACCACCAGCCACUGCGACUCAGGCGGCCCCAGCUCAUCGUCCACCCCCUCGGCCACCCAGAGCCCCUCAGAUGAAGGCACGACUCCAGACCAGCCCGCCCACCUCGCCGACCAGCUGCUGACUGUCCACGAGGGGGGCGCAGAUGCCAGGCCCAGCCGGCCACAGGCCCGGAGCCCUGAGGCCGAGCCCGCCCAGCUGUCCCCCAGCCUCCUCCCCACACAGCAGCCCACCAUCUCGCUGCUCUGCGAGGACGCCCCCAACGCCCUGAGCGCCGAGUCGCCCACCCUCGUCCCGCCCGUGGACUCCCAUCACCUGCGCACCCUCACCGGCGUCCCCCCGCCGCCCCCCACGCCCACCGCCCCCGGCACCGCCAAGGCCCCUGGCGAGGAGGAGGCCGCAGCGGCCCCUGCGGAGCACUGAGUGGCCGAGUCCAGGGCCGGGGACCCCCGCG